AUGUCGAGCAACACCAGUACACCUUCUGCCUCUACGGCGGCAACAAAGUCCCCACCAGCCUCAGCGCACGUGGAAGACGUGGAUGAUUUGGAUGACCUUGAUGAUGUAUUGGAGGAAUUCAAUCAGCCUUCAAGCUCAAAGCCUGCUGCUUCCGCUGCUGCAACAGAAUCGAAGCCACCAGCAGCGUCGAGCUCGGAAACAACCACCGCAAACCAGGAGAACGCAUCUGCUGGUGAACGCGCUGCCGAUGACCCAGCUUUAGACGACGUUCUCUCGGAAGAUUUCGCCAAAGAGCUAGCACAAGGAAUGCAGCAACUGAUGAAAGAGCUGGGCGGACAAGCGAAUGUUGAUGCUGAAGGAUUGAUGGCUGGCGCACCCGGUUCAAACGGAGAGUUUAACGAGGGAGAACUGAUGAAGCAAUUCGAAGCUAUGAUGGCUGGCUUUGGCAGCGCACCCUCUGCUCCCUCCGCCUCUACUUGCUCCAACAUUGCAUCCUCUGCUGCUGCUGGUCCCUCUUCUUCCACCUCCCGCGAAGCUGCUACCACUGCUGCAGGCAACAAGCCGGGCAACUUCAACGAUGCGAUCUCCGCGACCUUGGCUAAACUCAAAGAAUCCGAUGCAACCGCAACCGCAACCGCAACCGCAACCUCCUCCUCCUCUGCCUCCUCUAACCCCUUCGCGGGGCUGUCCGGUCCGGAGGGCGAAGAAAUGGCCAAACUCGUCGCCGCUCUCGGUGGAUCCGGUGAUCUCUCGGGCUUAGAAGGCGCAAUGGAUAAUCCCGAGUUGACAAAGAUGUUGGAGGGGAUGAUGGACGAGCUUAUGUCCCGCGACAUCCUCUAUGAGCCACUUAAAGAACUGAGAGACAAAUACCCUGCAUAUCUAGCUGGGGAGGAGAGCAAAGGAAUCUCGGAGGAAGAUAGGAAGAGAUACGAAUUGCAGAGUAAAUACAUUGAUGAGAUUGUAAGGAUCUUUGAACAACCAGGGUAUGAUGCAAAGAACAAGGAACAGGGUGGAAGGAUACAGGAGUUGAUGAACCAGAUGCAAGACUGUGGUAGUCCUCCGAAGGAGAUUGUUGGGGAUAUGCCUACUGAGUUGGACGGUUUGCCUGGCUUUGGGGGUAGCGGCAAUGCGGGCGAGGAGUGUACGAUCAUGUAG